CAAAAUAAAAAUAACAAAAAUAAAAUUGUACAAUAACAAUGUUCUUUUGAAAAAAUCAGUUUAGUAAUUUCACAAAAUUCCGUUUACUAUCACAUGUACCUACUUCAAAUAGUUCAAACUUGGAGAACAUAAGAACAAUUACAAGUAGUGCACGGCCCCCCAUUAAGUUGCAUAAAAGCUGUUCCCAGAUUUCUCAUUCAACCCACUACGGCUGCUGCACUCUGUACGUAGUUUUGCGAUUCACAACUAAUGGGUUUACUACUGCAAGUUUUCAAAUGGGACAAGCGUUGGCAAUUGCUGCAUAAAUGUGAUAUAAUUGUGAAGCGAUCCAUAAAGAAACAGGCCGUAAAUCCAACCAAGCUUGCUGAGGUGGGCCGCCUGUUGGAAGCCAAAGAAGGUAAAUAUGACACUGGCCAGCUGUUUCUGCAUCGAAUCUUUGGCUAUCGUGGAGUCAUACUCUUUCCAUGGACGGCACGGGUUUAUGACCGGGACUUGCACAAUCCUAGCAGACAGACAACGGUGACAUCAGCAACAUCAACGCCGACUCAAUGUACCACAGAGGCUUCAUCACUUAGAGUUAAAGCUGGUAACAGCAACAGCAGCACGACAACAACCGCGCAGCAUGAGGAGGCAUCAGCAGCGGCAUGGCAAGAAAGUAGCAGUGGCACGGACGCGCAGAGUACCCCCAAUAUGGGUACAGCUAAACCGGUAGCAAGUACCACAGCUAGCAGCGCUGUAGAUUCCAAAGAGGUUAAGGGUAAAACUCAAACGUUUUAUCAGGUUCUCAUUGAUACCAGGGACUGUCCACAUAUUCGCGCCCAAACAGAGGCUGUCACUUUCCUAGGCAAUCAGGAUUCGAAUCGCAGCUUGUAUGCUAUUCCUGGUCUGGAUUAUGUGGCGCACGAUGACAUUAUGCCAUAUUCGUCGGCUGAUAAGCAUCCGCUGCAGCACGAACUCUUUGACAAGUUUUUAACGCAUUCACCGGAAGCAGAUCCGCCUUUUGUCAGCCAGGAUACACUAAAGGCAUGGCAGGAAAAGAAUCAUCCAUGGCUGGACAUGAGUGACGUUCACAAGGAAACAACCGAAAGUGUGCGCGUCACAGUUAUACCCUUCUAUAUGGGCUGCCGCGAGACGCCCGCAUCUUCGGUUUACUGGUGGCGAUAUUGCAUACGGUUGGAAAAUCUGGGUGAGCUCAGCGUUCAGCUGCGUGAGAGACAUUGGCGCAUCUUCUCACUGUCUGGCACUUUGGAGACGGUGCGUGGACGCGGUGUUGUUGGCCAGGAGCCUAUACUUAGUCCGCGACUACCAGCGUUCCAAUACAGCAGCCAUGUGAGCCUCCAGGCGCCAAGUGGUCAUAUGUGGGGUACCUUUCGAUUGGAGCGUGAGGAUGGCUAUUCCUUUGAUUGCAAAAUACCGCCCUUUUCGCUGGAGUCGAAACCGGAAGACGUUGCAACUCCUCCAGUUGGAACGUCCACUGGCGAUGAACACGAUUAAGAAAUUUCAUAGAGAGUUGUUAUAUCGCUGUUAAUGAUAUUCCAACUCAAUGUAUAUUAAUCAUUCAGGAAGUACAUGUGUUUAGGACAAAUUAAAUAUAUCAAAUAAUUAACGAACAUCUCCUCAA